AACAUGAAACCAGAGAAAUGAGCUGAGAUCAACCAAUGAAAAAAUACCUUAUCCUGAUCCUUUUAUCUUGCUCAAACCUACGACACCAAUGAUCUUAGGCCUUCAUCUUCAUACAAAUUAUUUCCUCUACUUGUACAACUAAUAAGACUAGAUCCAUAAACCAGUCCACAUAAUAGAUUUUACAAUAUUCAAUGGCAGCCUCACUCCAUGCAGCUGCGACUUUCAUGCAACACACUAAGGUGGGAGGUAUCCAAACUCGACCUGCGCUACAACUGAAGUCUUCACCUAGCCUUUGCAAGGCUUUUGGCGUCGAGUCUAGCGGAGCUAGGGUGACUUGUUCCCUGCAAUCUGAUUUGAAGGACUUGGCUCAUAAGUGUGCUGAUGCCGCUAAAGUUGCUGGUUUUGCCCUUGCCACUUCUGCUCUUGUAGUUUCGGGUGCAAGUGCCGAAGGGGUUCCAAAGAGGCUGACUUACGAUGAAAUUCAGAGCAAGACAUACAUGGAAGUAAAGGGAACUGGAACUGCUAAUCAGUGUCCAACAAUUGAAGGCGGGUCCGAAAGUUUUGCAUUUAAGUCUGGCAAAUAUAAUGCCAAGAAGUUCUGCUUGGAACCUACAUCAUUCACUGUUAAGGCCGAAAGUGUGGGCAAGAAUGGCCCUCCUGAAUUCCAGAAGACCAAACUAAUGACCCGCUUGACCUAUACUCUUGAUGAGAUCGAAGGGCCCUUUGAGGUUGCCUCAGAUGGCAGUGUUAAAUUUGAGGAAAAAGAUGGAAUUGAUUAUGCUGCUGUUACUGUUCAGCUUCCUGGUGGAGAGCGUGUGCCCUUCCUCUUCACCAUUAAGCAGCUAGUAGCAUCUGGCAAACCUGACAGCUUUUCGGGAGAUUUUCUUGUGCCAUCUUACAGGGGUUCAUCUUUCCUUGACCCAAAGGGUAGAGGUGGUUCCACUGGUUAUGAUAACGCGGUUGCAUUGCCUGCCGGAGGCAGAGGAGAUGAAGAGGAGCUUGCUAAGGAGAACACAAAGAAUACAGCAUCUUCAACCGGAAAGAUCACGUUUAGUGUUACAAAUAGCAAGCCGGAGACUGGUGAGGUGAUUGGAGUUUUCGAAAGCAUUCAGCCAUCUGAUACUGAUUUGGGAGCUAAGGUUCCUAAGGAUGUGAAAAUUCAAGGGGUCUGGUAUGCUCAACUUGAUUAGUAGGGGAUCUUGGAAUCAAUGUAAUAAGCGUCCUGGUUCAGAUUUUGUUUUUUUAACAAAGUUGUUUAUGAUGUCAA